AUGUCUUCUACUCCCCAUAUUGGCCCAUGGAGGACGCCAUCCCAGGGCCAUCUCACCCCUGACGCCAAUGGAGAUCCACAGACCGACUACGCGCGCUGGCGAUUGGUCGAUGAAGAAGGCCGCCAGACGUGGCGCUAUCUCGAAUCCGACGAGGAAAACCAAAAAUGGCCGCAGUCAAUAGCAGACAAGUACCAUCUCGGACUUCCAACGGGUCUUCCCGAACUCCCAGAGGCCAAGACGCCGUUAGAAGCUGCCGAGAAUGGACUAUCGUUCUUCUCACAUCUACAACUCGAGCCUGGUAACUGGGCCUGCGAGUAUGGUGGCCCAAUGUUCCUACUGCCGGGUAUUCUGAUCACUUACUAUGUGACCAAGACCCCUAUCCCCCCUGAAUAUGCAACAGAGAUCAAGCGUUAUCUGUUUGCCCGCCAGCACCCCGAAGAUGGUGGUUGGGGCCUUCACAUUGAAGGUCACAGCUCCGUUCUUGGUACUUCUCUGAAUUACGUUGCUUUGCGUUUGGUUGGUGUCAGCGAGGAUGAUCCACGCAUGAUUAAAGCUCGAGGCCUUCUGCACAAGUUUGGAGGUGCCAUCUACGGGCCUCACUGGGCCAAGUUCUGGCUUAGUAUUCUGGGUGUCAUGGAAUGGGAGGGUGUCAACCCGGUUCCCCCUGAGAUUUGGCUUCUUCCCGAUUGGGUUCCUUUUGCCCCUUGGCGGUGGUGGUGUCAUAUGCGCCAGGUGUUCCUCCCGAUGUCCUGGCUGUGGUCCAAGAAGUGGUCUCACCCGCUGGAUGAUCUGACCAAACAGCUCCGAGAAGAGCUAUACACUCAGCCAUACGAUAGUGUGGAUUUUGCAGCGCACCGCAAUUCCAUUCACGAGGCAGACAACUACUACCCCAAGACUUGGUUGCUUAAUACUGCUAAUGAGUUGCUGGUUCGGUUCUGGAACCCGUACCUUCGACACCCUAGCAUCGUUAAGCGAGCUGAGGAUUGGACCUGGGAACUGAUUCGCAUGGAAGACGAGAAUACCAAGUAUGCGGGGCUUGGACCCGUCAACAACCCGAUGAACAUGGUGGCCUGCUUUGUCCAUGAUGGCCCUGACAGCUACUCCGUCCGCCAACAUCGGGAGCGAUUGAAUGAUUACAUGUGGGUGAAGGGCGAAGGCAUGCUGGCUAACGGAACCAACGGCGUUCAAGUGUGGGACACGGCUUUCAUCACCCAGGCCAUUGUGGUUGCUGGCUUUGCAGAUGACCCCAAGUGGCGGCCUAUGUUGACAAAGGCUUUGGAGUUCCUCGACGAUCACCAGCUACGGGAGAACGUUCCAGAUCAAGAAAAGUGCUAUCGUCAACACCGCAAGGGUGCAUGGCCCUUCAGCACUAAGGAUCAAGGUUACACUGUCAGCGACUGCACCGCCGAAGGUCUUCGCUCCACACUACAGCUGCAGGAGAUGUACAACUUCCCGAAGUUGAUCUCCCUGCAACGAUUGAAGGAUGCCGUGGAUUGUCUCCUCCUUCUUCAAAACCCCAGCGGUGGCUUCUCCGAGUACGAGAUUACUCGCGCGUCGCCCAAGGUAGAGUGGCUAAACGCCGCAGAAGUAUUUGGUGGAAUCAUGAUCAGUUACGACCACCCAGAAUGCACGACCGCGUCCGUGACAGCACUUUCGCUGUUCAGCAAAUUCUACCCAGAUUACCGUGCCGAUGAAAUUAGGGACGCAAAGAAGAAGGCUGUCGCUCAUAUCAAGCACGUCCAGCGCGCCGAUGGUAGUUGGUAUGGCUCUUGGGGAAUCUGCUUCACCUAUGCUGCCUUGUUUGCGCUCGAAAGUCUGGCCAGUAUUGGCGAGACUUAUGAAACAAGCGCGGACUCCCGUCGGGGCUGUGAUUUCUUGAUUGGGAAGCAGCAGGCUGAUGGUGGCUGGGGCGAGUCGUACCUUAGCAGUGCAACCCAUCAAUAUGUGCAGCAUGAAAAGUCGCAGGUGUGUCAGACUGCUUGGGCGCUUCUUGGACUCAUGGAGGCCGACUACCCACACAAGGAGCCGUUGGAGAAGGGCAUCAAGCUGUUGAUGUCUCGUCAACAACGAAACGGAGAGUGGCUGCAAGAGGCAAUUGAAGGUGUUUUCAACCAGUCCUGUAUGAUUUCGUAUCCCAACUACAAAUUCUACUGGCCUAUCCGUGCGCUUGGCUUGUACAGCAGGAAGUACGGAAACGAAAAGCUCUAG